CCCUGGGCCCCCUGGCCCUGUGAUCCUGGUGGCACUGGAUGCUGGAUGGCCGUCAGGUGGAGCCACAUUCUUGGCUUCAGGUCGCCUGGGCCCUGAGUGUGGCCAUGACCUUUGUCCUGUCAGCCAGUGGCUGUCUGGUCCGAGGACAGCUCACGGGGGACAGCUGGUGGUACCCCUCUCCGCACCAGCAGGACAGUAGGGGAGCUGAUUGGGACUUGGCAUCUUCACUCCCUCCCCCCCUCUUUGGCGACAUGAGGAAACAGGCUUGGGGACAGUGACUGGUCAGGGCAGUGGUACGUUCUUGCUGUCUAGGGGGUCAGAACUCCAGGCAGGACCCUAUGUCACAUCCCUUAGGGAGAGUGUCUAAACGGGCCAAGCACUGUCCCCAUCCAGCCCUUGUCCCUCCCCUGCUGGGCCCCUACUGGGCCCCUGCUGAGCCCCUGUGGAACUGGUGGGCACCAGUCCCUGUCAGUUCACCAGCUGGUGGCCUCAGAGGACCACCUGAGAGGCGGGGGAGGCCGGCAGAGAUGAGGCGUUUUUGUCCCUCAGUCUGUGUGCCCGCUUCUCUGAUCACCCCUCCCAUUUAACGCUGGCUUUAUCCUGAGUUCUCUGGAUGGGCCCCAUUUCCCAGAUGAAGCAGCCAGGCUCUCACUGGCCAGCCGAGUCCGGCCAGGGCUCUCCCCUCUGGGGUGGCACCCUUCACAGCUCCUGAGUGAGUGAGGAGGGCCAGGGAUGGCGGGAGCAGCACGUGGGCUUUUCUAGAGCUGGUCGCUGGCCCAGGAGACCCUCAGGUGUAAUGAGGUCAGAUAGCAGGUGGGCCAGGAUCUAAGAAUAGGACUGGGCACAGGUUCCUGGCAUGGGUGGGGGUGUGUCAACACCAGCCAGGAGACAGAGCAGGGCCUGGGGGACUACCCAGGACCCAGGGUUCUGAGGCAGGGGGCAGAGUCCAGCUUGGCUCAUAAACAGAGCUGAUAGGGCAGGACUUGGGGAGAGGGCAAGGGUUGGGACCCAGAGCAUUGGCACUGGGUGAACUCUGCGCUCGGAGGAAGCCCCCACCUCACCCCCAUGGCCUUCCUUGUUGCUGGGACCCUGCGGGCGGCCUCGCAGAUGGCAGAUGCUCGGGAGAGCCUGGACAGAAAGGUGGUCGGAGCCCCGCCUGACCUGCCCCUCCCUGGCUCCCAGCUGAGUCCCAGCCCAGCCCGACUCUCAUGUUGCCUCCCCAGGGCAAGUACUGCGUGCAGGGUCCGAGGGUGGCCCUGACCCUCAGCAGCCCUGAGGUGUCAGCCUCUACAGUCGCCACCCUGGAGGGUGUGUUCCGGACCCUGGGCUUCACCAGCUGCCAGAGGAGGGAGGCCUCAGCCCAGGGCUUCCGUGGGGAGCUGGCCAGGUUCCGGGAGGAGCUGGAUGCCCACGGGGGCCCUGUGGGCUGUGUUCUCGUGGCCCUGGUGGCCCCCAGGGAGCAGCUGAGACAGGCACAGCAGCUGGUCUGGGAGCUGAGCCGCUGUGAGGCGCUGUGGGGCCACCCCAAAGUCUUCCUGCUGCUCUCGGGGGCUCCUGCGGCUGCCCCUGAGCCUGGUACCUUCCUCACUGAACUGGGCGAGCUCUGUGGCCGCUGUCCUCGCCGGCCUCUGCUGCAGCUGCUGACAGAGGUCUUCCGCAGGACAGCUGAAGAGUCCCCAGGGGCCACCUACUGCCCGGUCCUUCGGAGCUCCUUGCGGGGGCCACUGUGCCUAGGGGACGAGGAGCCCUGGGGGCCCGAGCCAGAAGCCAGCCCCCGUGCACAGUAUGACCUGUCUGGGGCCAGGGCUGCUCUUCUCCUGGCUGUGAUCCAGGACCGGCCUGGGGCCCUGCGUGAUGUGGAGGCCCUGGGGGACCUGUGCCAGGCCUUGGGCUUCGAGACCACCCUGAAGAUGGACCCCACAGCCCAGGUUUUCCAGGAGGAGGUGGCCAGGUUCCGGGAGCAGCUGGACACCCGCAGAGGCCCAGUGAGCUGUGCCCUUGUGGCCCUUAUGGCCCACGGGGGGCCUAAGGGGCAGCUGCUGGGGGCUGAUGGGCAAGAGGUGCGGCCAGAGAAACUGGUGCAGGAGCUGAGCUGCUGUGGGGCCCUGGGGGGCCGCCCCAAGAUCUUCCUGGUUCAGGCUUGCCGUGGGGGGCGCAGGGAUGCUGGUGUGGGGCCCACAGCUCUCCCCUGGUUCUGGCUCUGGCUGCAAGCACCACUGGCCAUCCACUCCCAUGCCGAUGUCCUCCAGAUCUAUGCCGAUGUGCAAGGCAGCCUGUCCAGGGACCCCACUUCAGGGCGCUCUAACCCAGCAGACCUCCUGACCGUCUAUGCAGCUGCUGAAGGCUGUGUCGCCUAUCGGGACGAGAGAGGCUCCGACUUUAUCCAGACACUGGUGGAGGUUCUCCGAGCUGACCCCGGGAGGGACCUCCUGGAGCUGAUGACUGAGGUCAACCGACAGGUGUGUGAGCUGGACGUGCUGGGUCCAGACUGCGAGGAGCGCCGCAAGGCCUGCCUGGAGAUCCGCAGCUCCCUGAGGCGCCGGCUCUGCCUCCAGGCCUGACUGUGUCCGUGGCCCCCCCGGAAGUGCUGCCUGGGCGGCCAGGCACCAACCCAGCGCCACCACUGACCCCGUCCACUCCUUGGUUUCCUCAUCUCAAUAAAAGGCGCCAUAGCACGGGUGGCUCAGCGGGCAUGAAAGAAACCUGAGGAUGUCUGUACGUGUGAAUAGUGCCUGCUCUCAGGGAGCUGCGACAAUCAGUGAGAUAACAUAUGCAGAGCGCCUGGCGCUUCAGAGCCUGGGCUCGCCGGCGGACAGUGGAGGGCAGGCGCGGGGGCAGCCACGUCCCGGGAAGGGGCAGCCUGCGGUCCACGGCGUCCUCCCAGCGCACGCUGGGGCCGUGGACAGGACCUCGGCCCACACCGCAGUCAGAGCCCAAUCUGGGGCCACAAGACUGGAACAGAGCAAGGCAGGAUUA